GGCGAAGAAAUAGACUAUAAUUAUGGUGACUCGGAUUGGCCCUGGAGAUGCAAGACUGAGACCAGCCAGAUUGAGAAGACCGUGAGCUGCCUAAAGCCGCAACCAAACUGCAUUCCAAACAGUGAUCUGGACCUGAAACAUCCAGAGCCUGAAAGGUGUCACAGUCAUCGUCUGGUGUGCACAACAAUAUCAUCUUUGGACAAGUGCAUUCAGUGUGUGGGACCGGUUUCCUCCCUCAAGUGGCUUGGCUAUAAGUGCAAAGUUUGUUUGGGGGUCUGGCACAAAUCCUGCCUUGCAAAAUUGGCAAAUCAGAAUUGUCACCAGUCAACACAGAAAGAAGAAAUUUCUGAAUAUUCAGGGGAGGAUGGAUUGCCACAUUCAGUUCUGGAUCAAAUAUCAAGCGAUGAUGAUGGCAACCACAGCAUAUCAGAAGAAGAAUAUGUGCCAGAUUCAGAGUCAUAUGAUGAAGAUUCAGAUAAAGACAUCUCAUUAUUGCCAAGCACAUCAAAAGGUCUGCUAUGCCAAGAUGACAUCUCCAAAGUGCAUGAACAAUCAGAUUCAACGAAUUUAAUCCACAACUUGACAAAGGACAAGCCAGAAGAUAAAAGUGAGCUUUGCGAAACUGAAUCAGAAAAAAUGACUUUAAGUAAAAGAAAUUACUGCUAUUUUUGUGGCAAACCACAAGCUAAAAUUUCCCGCCACCUGAAAACGCACAAAACAGCUCCUGAUGUUGUGCAUGCAUUUUCCCUGCCUAGAGACUCAAACGAGCGUAAAAGCCUGUUAGAGAAAUUGAGAAAUAAGGGAAAUUUUAAGCAUAAUGCUGCAGUUUUGCAUGGUGGAGUGGGACCACUGAAGGUGAAGAGAAGACCCAAGAUUAAAGCAGUAGAGGGAAAGUUUGCUCAUUGCUUUUAUUGUCAAGGGAUGUAUGUUCGCAAGGAUCUUUGGAGACAUGUCCGCAGAUGUCCUAACAAACCAAAAGAUGACACAGAUAAAGAACCUGGAAGAACCAAAGUACUCGGCCUGGCUUUAACUCUGGAGUCUCAGUGUUAUCCGCAGGUGUCAAGUGGAGUGUGGAAGGUUCUUGCUGUUAUGAAACAAGAUGAGAUUGCUUCAGCUGUGCGAAAUGACUUUACUGUUAUUCAGUUUGCCCAGUCCCUCUACAAUAAACAUGGACAAGACCCUCCAAAGUAUGAUUAUAUACGACAGAAGCUUCGUGAAGCGGGACGUUUGUUGUUGUGUCUGCGUACAGAAUUCUCAGUGCAUAACAUGGAAGAAGCUAUUAAGCCUGCUAACUUCCAGAGAGUUGUGCAAGCAGUAAAGAAAGUUUCAGGUUUUGAUGAAGAGACACUGUCAUACAAAACUCCAAGCCUUGCGCUGAAACUGGGACAUACACUGCAUAAAAUGUCUGACAUUAUCCAUUGUCGUGCCCUCAUGACAGAGGAUGAAGCCCUAAUCAAGUCCACUGAUGCGUUCAAGAAGUUGUAUGUCUCCAAAUGGUCCGAGAUGGUGUCUCACCGUGCCUUGAACACAUUGAGUGAGGCAAAGUUUAACAAACCAUCAACAUUGCCCUUUACAGAAGAUGUUCGGAUUCUCCAUCACUACCUUCAAAAAUCUGCAGAAAGUGCCUUUUGCAGCUUGGAGAACGAAGCCACAGCUCAGAAUUAUGCCCAACUUGCACAAGUUACACUCUCACAGAUCAUUGUGUUCAAUCGAAGACGUUCUGGAGAGGUUUCAAAGAUGCGCCUCAAAAGUUUUCUUGAAAGAGACAAAACGGCACUCCACACAGAUGUUACCAUGGGGCUCUCAGAAAUGGAACAGAGACUCUGUAACUAUUUCUGUAGAAUAGAAAUAAUGGGAAAAAGGGACAGAAAUGUUCCAGUUCUGCUAACACCAAGCAUGCUGGAUGCUCUGUCACUACUGGUUAGUAGGAGGCCUGACUGUGGCAUUUGUGCCACUAAUAUCUAUCUCUUUGCAAGACCCCGAUCAAUGAGUCAUUACAGAGGAAUGGACUCCUUGCGUGUUCAUGCAUACCAGUGUGGAGCAAAGCACCCUGAGUAUCUAAGAUCGACACAGCUCAGAAAACAUGUUGCCACACUCUCACAAGUCCUUAAUUUGAAAAACAAUGAACUUGAUCAGGUUGCAGAUUUCCUGGGUCAUGAUAUUCGCGUUCACUGCGAAUUCUGCAGAUUACCAGUUCCCACAACACAGCUGGCCAAGAUUUCCAAACUGCUUUUAACACUGGAAAAAGGACAUCUUUCCCAGAUCCAGGGGAACUCACUGGAUGAGAUCGAAAUUAAAGAUGAAAUUGCAUUAAGUGAUGCUGAAACAAAGGACAGUGAGAGUGAAUCAGAUGAUGAUGACACAGCACUCACAAUGUCAGCGUGUGGCACCAGUGAGCCUGUACAUGCAGUAGCUGAUUCCACAAACACAGCGCAGCUCCAAGACACUGUAGAUUGUGAUGAAGAACCACUCAUAAUGCCUGCAGCAAGUGAGACUGCUGCUCCCUCUGAAGAUAAAAAUGCUGCUCAAUCCCACAAUUCCCGAAGAGCUCCCAAAAACAUGUGGUCCAAGGAUGAGGUUGCUGCAGUGAUGAGGCAUUUUAAAGACCACAUAAACGAAGGGAAACUGGCCACCAAAAAUGAAUGCAGUCAUUGCAAAUUGGUAGAAGAUCCGGUGUUGGCAGGAAGAACAGUUCAAAACAUAAGAGAUUUUGUAAGAAACAGAGGAUUAACUGCAAAAAGGCAGAAAAAAAUGAACUAAAAUAACUGUUUAGCCAGAUGUGGUUUUACAUCUUGGUCAGAUUGCCGAACUGUUGUUAAAACUGACUUAUUGUGCAGCAGGCUGCCUCACUGAUGUUCUGUUUAAAGAAAAA